GCGCCUGCGCGGUCACGUGUGCGCAUGUGCGGAAAACCUUGGCUCACCUCCGCCUCCAAGCGUAACUUGUUGCGUGGGGUUACUGGUGGGGAAGCUCCGAGGUCCUGUGGCCGGAUGUUAUGGUUCCGGGUACCCAUGAAGCUUGGGAAGGCCUGAGCCAUCAGCCUCAGUGGACCGUGGGACCCCCAGGAGUCAUUCCAAAGGGCUGCCGGUAAGCCAUGAAGGUUCUGUUACUGAAAGAGCCAAAGGACGACGGCUCGGGCCAGGAUCCCUACGUUCAGGAAUUGGGAUCUCAUGGAUUCGAAGCCACUUUGAUCCCCGUUUUAUCGUUUGAGUUUCUGUCUCUGCAGAGUUUCUCGGAGAAGCUGUCUCGUCCGGAGGCUUAUGGGGGGCUCAUCUUCACCAGUCCUCGUGCUGUGGAAGCCGUGGAACUUUGCCUGGAGAAGUCUGGCCAGCUGCAAGACUGGAAAAAGUCUCUGAAAGAAAAAUGGCUCGCCAAGCCGGCAUACGUGGUCGGCCAAGCCACCGCAUCCCUCGUGAGAAAACUUGGCCUGGCUACAGAAGGAGAAAAAUGUGGAAAUGGCGAGAAACUUGCUGAAUACAUCUGUUCCCGAGAAGUGCUCAAAACCCCCAGCACUGACAGGCUGCCUGCCCAGGAAGGGAAGCCCCCCACUGCCCCUGUGACCGAGCCUCAGAGUUUGGAAGAGAAGCCUCCCGCUGCCUUGAGUUAGAGUGCCUCCCUCGUGGUUGUGGGGUGACAGGCCUCAAGACCUUUCCCAUAUGGGUGUUUCUUGUGGAGUCCUCCCUACACUUGGAGUUAUGCCCUCUGCCCAGCAGGGGCUCAAUAAAGGCUUGUUGACCAGCAUUCCAGAGCCCUGGGGACUAACACUUCACCACCAGCCAGCUUGUUCACCAUUCCACAGGCCACCCAGGCAGACCUGGCAUGAGGAGGCUGGUGGGGGCUGGGGCAGGUGCAGGAGGCACCCAGCCACCCCACAGAGAACAUACGCUGACCUCGGAGUCUCCCAAACUAGCCCCCACUGCAGGGACGCUUCCCCUUCCUAGUUACAUUUGUCUAAGCCUGCUCCUUGCUUCUCUGAGAGUCUCCACAGCACCCUCCAGCCUCAAUCAUUCCCGGGCUCAGGCCUGGGCAUCCCAGGGCCUGGGGUCUUGGACAAUAUUCAGUUUCAAGCCAGAAUGGGGGCCUUUAAGGGCCAUGUUCACCAUGGCCAAGAGCAGGCCACUCCACGGCACAUCCUGGGGGCACUUUGCCCAGAUCUCAGGUCCAGUUAGAGGGAGAAGGUGGCCUAACCACCAAGUUCGAGCUAGCGAUUCUGAAGCCACAGCAAUGCCUGUCUUUCUUCAAGAAGGAAAAUAAUUGCAAGGAGAAAGACAGGAACAUCUACCUCAAAGGCAGAAAGGCCUCUCCCUUUGAAGGCCCAAGGGUAUGCGUAGAGGGUGCUGCCUUAAUUUCAGGAGCUAAAAAGGGUCCAUCAUCUGGACAGUUCCCUGGGAGGGCUCUUUCUCCUCUCUCUGCCAGUAGGGGCCACCGAGGCAUCUGAUCUAAAAGAGACUCUACCCGAGUUGGUUCAGAAAGUUGCUUCACUGGGCUUUUCUGGGCAAGGAGCUCUGGGAGAUUCCAGAACAUCCAGGAUGCUGCUAAAUCGCUGGCUAGCUCCUUAAGUAAAAUAACUGUGAUGGCCUACAACCCUCAAAGGACUGCUGAAGAACAGAGCCCUCUAGAAAGCCAUUUUCUUUAACAAUAGUUCACUUUGGUUCAGUGGUUCAGCCAGCUGGUAAGCAUUGGCUGCCAAGGAUGGCCAGCUGUUGGGCGGAUUAAGGCCAGUCCUCAGCUCUUCAUCUCUGCCACAUCGUUGAGUCAUCCAGCUUCAGUGUCCCUAAGGGAUGAGAUGGCUCUGAAGCUCCUUUGUGCCCCCUUUUAAGAAAACAAAUUCAAGAAAGAUUCAAAGAAGGAACAGUCACAUUCCUCAGUGGCACGAGCAUUUUUUCAACAAAGGGCUGUGUGGCUGAACGAGAGACUUCACCAUUCAGAGCUCAAAAGAUGAACAAGAUUUACUCAAUUUGGAAAAAGGAACCAGCUUCAUUUUUCCUUGGAGCUCGACGUCUAUGAGGGUAGAUGUUCAGAAAAGCUUGCUUCAUCUCAGUGUUGACUUUCAGACUCUUCAGGAGAUUUCUCCCAGUUUGCAAACAAAGCCAGUCACACAGAUCUCAUUCAGCUCUUUAUUGCCCCAAAGAUCCCGGGCUUGAGCCAUAGAUCUCGUCCACUCUAAAACAAUGAUGUUCUCGGUCCCCGAAGAAACCCUUUUCAUUCCCCAUAACAGCCAUUUUUCGUCAGAAAGGAUUCCUUGUUAUGACCUCAGUGGCUAACAAACUUAAGCCAAUCUUCUAUGAAGUUUGGUAUCACAGAUUCCAAAGCAGUGGGGUAACUCAGUACUGCAUUUUCCAUUAUCUUGGCAGACUUAUUUACUUCUCAUCAAGAAUGCAAACAGCUGAAAAGACUCAGGUUGAAAAAAGAAGGAAAAAGAAAGCACGGCCUUCUGACACCCCAAACGGGCUCCACUGUCAAAGUCUCAGUCUCACUUGGAACAUCCUUGGGCUCUUUUGUUCCACAUUUCGGUGCUGACUUUGGGUCUGAGUGGAACAAUAGAUCCCUUGAGCCCUUUGCAGAAUAGGUACCUUCAGUGGGGGGUGUUUCUGUGGUCCUGGUUAUGGAAGUAAAGGGGCCUUGGACAGCCUGGGCACCUUACUCUGGUCCAGCCACCUGCUUUUAUUCUUUGCUUUGUAAACCCAAGGCAGAAAGGAUUAAUGUUGCCUUCUGCUUUGGUCGGCCUGUGCACAGCUUAUUUCCUCUAUCUCCCAGAAUGCUGUUCGGCAUUCAAUUGCUAGCCCUUUGUUGUCCUCUCUAAUUUAUCCCCAUCACGUCUGAAGUUCCUACAAAUCUUCAGUUUGCAAUUAGAAUAUCCAGAUAAAUUGGCGCCAACUGCUAAUCAGGACCUUCGCUUUGAUUUCAUUCGCGUGGUAAGAGUUUUCUCCCCUCGGUAAUGUGAGGGCUCAAUUUUAAACGCUAAAAAUCUACUUUGAUUGCUGAGCACCAAUAGCCCAAGCCCCGGGUUAGUGUUCUGGGAGACGCUUACUCGCCUCUCCUGGGCAUCAUCUUUCAUGAAGAUGUAGUGAUGAGGUAGCAGCAAAAGGUGGAGAAUAAGGGAGAUGGGAGGAGCCCAUUCAUGCGAGUCACUGAUGCCUGAUGCCACCAAGCCCUCUACCUCUCAGCCUUCCAGACACAAAGGCUAAGAUGAGCCUUAAGAACCCACUGGCUUCACAACGCUAUUCUUUUCUCUUCAGCCUGGACACAGAGCAGCCUGGCGUGUUCCUUUCAGAAAAAGAAACAGGGAGGAAGGGGAGGAGGAAUCCCUCAGAAUAAAAGUACUGCUCUGAUGGGCUGCGGGUCAGGCUUUGCCACUCCUGCCAGCGUGAUCUUUAGUGACUCAGUUAACAUCUUCAGGCAGGCAGUAAACAUAUAUUAAGUGCCUCCUAUGUGCUAAGCCCUGGGUUGAGCGUUGAGGAUACCAAGAGGCAGAAGACCAUGCCUGCCCUCCAGGGCUCACCAACUAACGGGGAAGACACCAUGUAUACAUACCUAGAAAGCAAGCUAAAGCAGGAAACAAUUAUCAGGGACUGGGGAAGGCUUCCUGGAGAAGGUGGGAUUUUAGCUGAGACUUAAAGGAAGCCAAAGAAGUCAGGAGGAGGGAGAACCAUCCAGGCACAAGGAAGAUGGAGGUACGUAGGCUGACAAAGAUGGAGGUACAUAGGCUACUCUGGGGACUUUGUAACCAGGAAGAGCUGCUUUUGCCACAAACCUCAGUUGUGUUUCUCAAUAGAAGUAACUGGGGCUACUUGACCCGCAAGCCCACCCCUACUUCUUCCUUCACCACCAGGCUCUAACUGCUGCCCCCCACUGUGUUUCCACCCAUGAAGUUUAUCCCUCCAUUAGAGGGGGAGCCCCCGGAGGGCAGAGACUGUCUCUUCCUGAUUGUAACCCCCAUGCUUGAGCAGAGUAGGUGCUUAAUACUGACCAUGCAUGCUUAGGCAGUACCUCUUCAUAGAAUUUCAUGACCCAGAAGGCCCCCUUCCCCAGGCAGGAUGGUUUUGAGGGAUGCCCUGUCUCUUCUAGGUCAUGAAAUAUAAGUAAAUAAAUAUUAGAAACAAGAGCCCUCCCUUGGCGACUCUUCCUGUUGCCUUCUGCUGGGUUUCAGCUCCCUUGAAAUUCUGAUCUUAUAGAUCCCUGGGAAGAACUGCAAGAAAUUAUUUGAUCCUUGUUCAUGCCAAACCAAAUGGUAAGUUCUUUCCAAUGGGAUCCUAAGUGGUGGAAGUGCCUAAAAUGGUAAUAAUAACUGAUACUGAGAUGACCUUACUAUACAGUUUCUAGGCACUUCCCAGUUAUUUUCUCAUCCAAUCCUCACAACUCGGUGAGGAGGAGGCUAUUACUAUCCCCCAUUUUACUACCAACGAUAUCCCCAGAGCCACACAGCCAGAAAGGAUCUGAAGCUAGAUUUAAACUCAGAUCUUCCUGACUCUAGGCCCUAUGUUCUGUGUGCCUUGGUACCCCACUGCCCUCAGCUAAUAGAGCCCAGACCUCCCACAGCACUUGAUCUAAUUCUCAAGCACCUACGGUUUGAGACUUUGUGUUGUCACGAUUUGUGAUGGUGUCCUGAGCCUCUACUAGGUGUCAGGGCCCCUGAAGAUUUUAAGCUUCAUAUUUCUCCUCCUUCCUAGCCCUAACUCUAAGUUGUGUUUGUGAGAUUGUACAGUCUACUUCUCUGUGCACCCAGUUGGGUGUGCUUGGUGCCUCUGGGGAACCGGGUGUUAAAUGUCAAUGUGUAAAUAUUUAGGCCUCCGGAAUCAGCAAAUGAUGCACAUCAGGUCUUGAUUUUUUUUUUUGGUACCCUUAUCUUCCAUCUUAAAAUCAAUUCUGGGUAUUAGCUCCAAGGCAAAAGAGCGGUAAAGUCUAGGCAAUGGGGGCUAAAUGACUUGUCCAGGGUUACAUGGCUACUGCUGGGAGCCAUCAAAGACCAUGCUGUUUAUCAUGUCCAUGUGGAAACCGGGGACUGCAAGGUAUCCCCCAGGAAGGAUGGAAACACCCAUUGAAGCCCCUCCCCCAAGUGACUUUCCUUAUUAACAUCCCUUUAUUAUUGGAAUUGCUAUGAUUAUUAUUCUUACUUAGCCCCAGGAAAAAUAGAUGAGAGCAACAUGCUUGCAGGGUUAAUACAGGUGUCACCCUCUGUCCCCCUAGGAUAUUACCAGGAGAGCCCACUUACAAAAUUAAACCUAAGGAUUCUUAUAUACUCACUUAGAUAGAACCCUCUUUUCUAGGCAUAAAAACUUCUGGCAAAUCUGUGCUUUGAAUUCCCUAACCUAUAUCUGGGUCGUGUUGAUUCUACCCUCUGAUCCUGCACUUAGCAACAGUGUUUCAUUGACUCUCUCCCUAGGCUUCCUGUCUGUUGUUAGGUUCCAUGGAAACAUGUAUGUUGCAAAUGAAACUGGGUGCCAAGUAGAUGUGUGAUCAUGAGGGUAUAAAAUAAAGCCAGGCCUCAGCCAAGGCAGAGCAGUUUAUCCUGUGAAACCUGUGCUGUGGGUUGAAUGCGAAAGCUGUGUCCCAUCCAUCUUUCUGCUGACACUGUCCCACCUCCAAGACCCCAUCCUUUAUGGGAGGCUGGCCCACCCCACAACAGGCUAGGAAGUAUUUGAAGUCAGAUUUGAACUCAGAACAUCCCAUCUCCAGGUCUGGCUCUAUCCACUGUGCUAUCUGUCUGCCCCCAAUCUAGUAUAUUCUUGAUCAUCUCAUCUUAAAGUGAUAGAGCAAAUGGAAAAGCAUGACCUACAGACUUUAUUUAUUUGUUAAACAUUUGCCAGCACAACUCCAGCUAGAAGCUUCUUGAGGACAGGGGCUGUGUUUGGAUUCCAUGUCUGGAUUCCUCUUUGCAUAUAAUAAGCAGUUAACCAAUGCUUAUUGAAUUAUAUUGAGAAACAGGAAAGCAGGCUUGGCAGUCAACAUUAGAGAUGAGAGGUUCACAAUAAGUCACAGUACCCACCCCUAGCCCUUCCCCCUCCCCCCCUUCAAAUUUUAAGUGGGAAAUACUAAAGGGAAGAAAAACUACUUUAAAAACACAUUCAUGGCAGUACAAGUUAGCUAAAAGAGAAAUGAACAAAGGGAAGAGAAGUACGUGUUGAAACAAUUUGUUGUAAAUCUGCCAUUAGAACAACUAAUACCAUUAAAGUGUCUGAUUUUUAAGCAUCUGCUUUUGUCAAGGUACUGGGGAAUCAAGGACAGACCCGCGGCCCUGAAGGGCUCAGAGAGCUUGGGCUCUCUUCAAAUAAUGCAAACUAGAAGGACCCAGCACUUUUAAAAGGCUCUCAAAUAGAUAAGCCGCCCAUCAAAAAAAAGGUGAGCGAGAAUGAAGAUGAGUAAGCCAACCAGAAAAGCAAGGAGCAGAUGAGCUCGUAGAGGUUAAAAUAGUGAUCACAAGAACUGAAGUUGGAGUUAAAAGAUGUUUUAAAAUCUCAGAAGGAAGAAAUUACUCGAGUGACCAGUUUGGAGUAAAUAAUAGAAGACCUCGAAACUGAGUCAGACAGCCGCCAAGAUUGACUGUAGAAAGAAGCAGAAUUGGAGACAAGGUUGAUCACGCCUGAGAAUGAACUCCAGAAAUGAUUCUGUGAUUUUUCACAAUUGGGUAAAAGCCUCCAGGUGGCCAACAUGUGGCACGAUUUAGAAAAGAAGCUGAAAAGCAGGCUGUACAGAAGAGAUUCAGUCCGCUUUUAUUCUAUUCUUUAUGUAGAAAUGUUUGUAGUGAAGCCUAGAAUAAGCAAUUUUAAAGUGAAUUAAAAUUAAAAAUUUCCUUCCAGUGGAUGACACUCAUAUUUCCUCCUGAUUACUCUGAACCAGUCACUGACCCAUCUCCACUCCCACAGUUCUCACUCUCUUCUCAACAGCAAGACAGCGCCAGACUGACCAGUUCAGCCACACGGAAAAUCUCAUUUAGAACACCCUGACUCCAACACAAGAAAUGCAUCUCGAUGCCACUCUGGCCUGGGCAAGGCAAACCUCUCAGUGAUGGGGUUCUCAUUUGUAAAAUAAGGAUAAGAACACCUAUGGCACCUCCCUCACAGGGCCAUGAUGGCGUUUACCUAAGAUAAUGUAUGUCAAGUGCUUUGCAAACCUUAAAUUGCUUUAUAAAUGUUAGCUGUUAUAAAUAGUCUUAUAAUGACACCCUAGGGAUCCGUAGAGGAUGGAGAACAAAUUACUCAUCCAACUGACAGCUGUGAACUCACUUCAGUGAGUGCUGCCCACAGCUUCAGUUCCUUCCUCUUACUGAAAUGUUUCAGAAGGGGAAAAAGGAGGAAAAUAACCUGGGGCAGAAGGGAAGAAUGUAGGUAGAAGAAUCU